GAGCAGUUUCAUUAUUCUCUUUUUAUUAAGGCGUUAUCCCGCCGUCUAUUUCUAGCUUUUGGCCUAACCUUUACACUUAGGUCUGAGUUUCCUUCACAGGUCCCAAUAAACCGGACCUUUACCCUCCUUCGAGAUAGAUAUCGAGGAUAUAAGAGCAAAGGUGCUGAGAUACUUGUCAGUUAGCUGCUCGAUGCCAAACGAGGCAACAGGUUCUUGUUGGUUUUUGAGCUCGGGGGAAGGAAUUAGGGGGGAAAUUAGGCAUGGAGAAAGAUUUGCUAGGUGAAAAAGGUGCUUUGGAUGAUCCUAAUUCUCCGGGAGAUGUCAGCAGCAGCUACCCAGUGGAGAGCGGCGGGCUGCCGGCCAAAGCCAAGAAAAGCCGGAGCAGCCAGAGCCUGAAGAAGACGGAGGCGAGGAAAGCCUUGAGCUUAGAGGCUGCUCAGCUGGAGCUGCAGCAGCAGCACAAAGUCCUCACCAGACAAGUCGCUGUCAGGUCAGAGACUUUUGACGUUGACGGCAAAGCCUUGGAGCGGACCGAGGGCACCGGCACACAAAGCAGUUUCACAAAGCACAACAAGACAUUCCACAAGUUGUUUCCAGACAUUCCCGAGAGCGAAGACUUGAUACAUGCAUACAUCUGUGCCCUGCAGAGGGAAGUGCCCUACCACGGUCGGCUUUACAUCACCGUCGCCAACGCCUGUUUCUAUUCCUCGGUUCUGCUAAAGGACACUAAGGUUAUCAUUCCGGUCUCCUCCAUCCACACGGUGAAGAAGCAGAAUACAGCCCUGCUGGUUCCUAACGCCUUGUCCAUUCGCACCACAGAAGGAGAGAAGUUCCUCUUUGUGUCUCUGAGGAACAGAGAAUCCUGUUACCAGCUGCUCCGCUCAGUCUGUCCUCAGGUAGAGGAGGGCAGCACCAACAGCAGCCCCAUUUUCUCCUCAGGCGAGAACAGCUUCGACAAAAGCAAACUUGUGAACUCCAGCCAGUCCAGCCUGGACGACAGCCUGGACGGCUCUGAAACGCAGUCUUUACAGAACCCGGCCCCGCACCGAGCUCUCAGAGAGGCAGCGCCCGAUGGGACCGCUUCGGGUUUCAGCAACCUGCAGCAAAGCGACAGCUCGUCCUCUGAGGAGCUCCCAGAGUCAGGUGGAUCGUGGAUGUGGAAAGUGACUGAAAAGGCCAAGUCUCUGCUGGUUCAGAGAGAGUUCAGCACCCUCAACACUCUCCUCUUUAUUUACUUGAUUUUGGUGGUACUGCUGCUGCUGUCUUCGGGUUACAUCGGUCUCCGUAUCGUGGCCCUAGAGGAGCAGCUCUCGUCCCUCGGCGCGCUGCCAGAGUUCACCUUACAGAGCGGGUACAACAAAAACACAUAACCCUCAUCGACGGAAGGGGAGAUCGGACGACUCGUGAUUGGAAGAUGAUUCUCAGCCUCUUCGACAGCCGAAACCUGAAGGCGCAAAACCUUAACGUACUCAGACUCUGCUGCGGCGGCGGCCCGCGCUGCCGCGUGGAGGAGGAGCCGCCGUCGACUCGAGGAGCUCUUCGUCCUCUCCGCAGUAAACAAACGGACGCGUAGCGGCGUCGUCACACAGAGCCAAGCCAAAUGAAUCCGCGCGGCUGCCUGGCUGCAGCGCGCCGGUCGGUAGAACCAAAGCCACGAACGGCUCAAAGUCAGCGAAGUGCCACGCCAGCCGAGGAGUCAGCGGGGGGGGGGCUUUGCUUCCACAAACUCUUGCAACGUCUGUGAACUUGUGUCGCUCAUCGGUCCCGUUGUCCUCGCGCAUGCGACCUGAACAGGGCUAUAGUGAGCAGCGCUGGCCUGCUGUCGUGCUUCUUACUGCAUCCCCACACUGGAGACGUAGCGCUAUGCAUAGCCAAAGACGCACAGAGUGCACAUCUUUUGCAUGAGUGCACCAGAGGCAACCUUUCUAUCUCUUCCUUAAGCUUCCGUCUCUCGGCCUCCUCCUCUAACGCGCAGCAGGUUUCGGGUACUUUAAAUGUUUCUUUCCUGUCUGCCGUGGGUUUGAACCGAUGGGUUUUUAAAAAAAAUCUGAUGCAGAUCGGCCCACGAGAGGCUGGAUGAUUUUCCCCGACGGUCUUUGCCUUUCUCUCUUCUUCCGAUCAGCAGCGAUUGCGGGUUUUCUUUUCCUCGUCUUUGGAAUGAUUUAAACGCGUUUAAUGAUCAAUGCUCGGAGGUUUGUUGCCCUUCCAGUCUCUCCUGGAUGAAUGCAUCCUGAACGCACACAUCCUCAGCACAACAGGACAGCUGAAAGUUGUCCCCAAGGCGUAGAUUUCUGGUCUCCAAAGGCAGAAUCAGCUCUCGUCUUCUUCAGGUGUUUAGUUGCGGUAGCAUCUUUUGUGCAAAAUUAACAUUUUGUUCCAUAGCAACAGGCCUCCUGAGGACCAGUUACCGUUAAUGUAUUUCUAACACGUGUCUGCAGGUUUUGACACUUGACUGAUACCCUAUAUGCAUUCUCGCUCUUAGUCGUCUACAGGGAAGACUAAAGCCGCCAGGUCCGAGUUUUCAAAUGCAAAAAAAAAAAAAAAAGUGGUCCCAAAAAGAAAUUUCAAUUUACAACUAUUAUGCAUGUGGGGAAGGAAAUGUAACUGUUUUGUUUGCGGUUUUUAAAAGUGGAAGCUUCGUGUUUGUGAGGAAGAGGCAAUCCAAGAAAAAAAA